AUGAAUGUUGAAGAUAAAAAACAAGAAAGAAGCAAGGCUAAAAUGGCGGUCACUGUCGCUGCGAGGCGUCUGAUCGGAGCUUACAACAGAGAUUGUGAAUAUGAUAUUUUAAAGGAUUCAAUGUUCGAACUUGAAAAGGUAUUUGAUGAUUUUUGCGUUAUAAAUGAGGAAUACGAACUCAUUGUAUCUGACGAAAAAUACGCUGAACACCGUGUAGUUGAUGGUGAAGACAUUAUGACUUACAGAGACAAUGUAAAAAGGUGCUAUGAAGAAGCUAGGAGUGUAUUUGUUAGUGUAAAGACAACAAUCGAACAAAAAGCUAGACGACAAAGUGCUGGGCCUGUCAAAGUUGCCCUAAAGAAUGACAUUUGUAGAAUUCAUGAACUAAUCACAGUCGUUGAUGAGAGUUUCAAACUGGAAAAUGUGAAUAUGGCAGCUUUACAACUAGAUAAAAAUGAUCUACAGUCAAUUUUGAACAUAAUAUGUGAUAACAUGGCAAAACUUGGCUCGAUUGAAACACAAGAGCAAGUUAACCUAAUCCAAGAAGAUGUCGAUGCUAUUAUCAGAGCAGUUUACAAUUGCAUCAGAAAGAUAAACUUGUUUUUGCAUGAGCAACAAGCAUUUGUUAAAUCAUUACACAUUGAAACUGCCACUCUCCCCUCUGAAACCAACAUUCCCCCUGAGAACAUCAACACCGUAUUCCCCCCGGAGAUCAACACCAACAUCCCCCCUGAGGACACUGAGACCAUCAACACCAUGUCUCCCCCCGGAAAUCAACACCAACACCCCCCUGAGAACACUGAGACCAUCAACACCAUGUCUCCCCCAGGAAAUCAACACCAACACCCCCCUGAAAACACUGAGACCAUCAACACCAUGUCUCCCCCCGGAAAUCAACACCAACACACCCCUGAGAACACUGAGACCAUCAACACCAUGUCUCCCCCCGGAAAUCAACACCAACACCCCCCUGAGACCAUCAACACCAACACCCCCCCGGAUAUCAACACCAACACCCCCCCUGAGGACACGGAUACCAUUAACACCAUGUCCCCCCCAGAAACCAACACCCCCCCUGAGACCAUCAGCACCACUUCCCCCUCGGUAAUCAACACCAAUAUCCCCCCUGAGCCCAUUUACACUGCAACCCACCCUGAAAUUAUUGACACCCCUGCUAUCGAGACCAACACAAUUCCACCUAUGUUGCCAAUUAACGCUCCCCCCAUUAAUUACUCCAGUCCCUUUGGCACCCAAGUUACCACCAACAUUACAAAGGCCAACACCCCCCUACCAACCAUACCUGGGACCAGUACGGGUUUUUGCUUGAAUACAUCAGCUCAAACCUUCAUUCCUUCUACCACCUUUCAUUCGGAAAGCAGUUCCACAUCGGGACAAACGCAUUUGUCUCAGCAAUGUCAGAAUCCUACAAAUUUAUCAACAGGUUUCCCUCCAUUUGCAAUGCCAAUGGGAUCAAAUCUGCCAAGAGUGGCAUCCAGCUAUCAUAGCAGCCACAAUCAGACCAGGAGCAAUUUGUCAACCAGUCCUAUGUAUACAACCCCAUCUGGACAUCAACCCACAGUCCCGUUGAUUAAUACAAGACCUUCCCACCAAGAUUCCACCAUUCGGCUAAAAAGGAUGGCCCUACCCACAUUCUCCGGACUUAGGAAAGACUGGCCAGAGUUCAAGGCAGUCUGGAAGUCUAUGGCUGAGUCUGCAAGUUAUAAUAAAACUGCAUUAGCACACGAACUUAAGAACUCAGUUAAAGGAGAAGCCAAACACCGCAUCAAAUCUGUUUUUGUCACCAAGCCCGAAGCUUACGAUAUCAUGUGGGAAAAGCUAGAGUGUCACUAUGGAGAUACUACUGCCAGUGUACAAGCUGCUUUGGAAGAUCUUCAAAGGCUAAAACCUGUAAAAGAAGAAGAUUAUAAAGCUCUGGUUGAAUUAGUGGAUGAAGUUGAAUCCGCCUACAGUCAAUUGGAAGAGCUCAACCAGCUAAACACUUUAACCAUGCGAGAUGUAGACAACCUAACUGAUUUGUUACCUACCCAUCUUAAAGUCGACUGGAGACGAAAGUAUCGUGAUUCAUCGUCUGCGGAGAAGCUUCAACCAUUUACUCCGCUAAUGAAGUUCCUAGACAGAGAACGUUCAGUUGUGGCUCGUUUAGCAGAGAAUCAGCAUUCUAAGAAAAGAGGAAAUGACAAUGCAAGAGGAUACAGCAAAACCUUUCAUGUUGAAAGAGGUGCAAAACACGGACAAAGAACCUACUACAAAUGUGCCUUCCCCACCCACAGAAAAGACACCAUAAAUCACACCACCGAACAGUGCAAAGAAUUCCAGAAGUUGUCCAUCAGCGGUAAAGAUGGCAGAUAUGAGUUGUUGAAGCAGGUAAACGCUUGUUUCAAAUGUUUUGGUAAUCAUAGGAAGCUUAACUGCCCCAAAAAACUCCCAUGUUCCUCAUGUGGAAGUGACCAACAUCAUUCCCUGCUGUGCAUCCCACCAAAGCUCCCAAAAGAUUCCGGGGAGAAAUCGAAAACUGGAGAUGAUGGGAACAAGGAAUUAGCAUCCUAUACCGUAGAAAGUGAUUCAAUGGCAUUAUACCCUAUCCACCAAGCGACCAUUAGCGACAGUGGUAGAAAAGUGUCCGUCUUCUGUGAUGGAGGCUCUAACGCAAGUUAUAUCACUCAUCGUGCUGCGGAAAGAAUCAAAGCAAAGAAAGUUAAAAAACUCUCUCUUGACGUGACAACUAGGGGAAAUGUCGAGAAAACGUACAACACGUGGCAAUACGAGUUUCCAAUCAACACAAGUGCUGGAAAGAAAGUCACUAUUACGGCCUUUGGCAUGGAGCGAAUUACUGGACAAGUAAGCAAACUGGAUCCUAAAGUCCUGGUAAAGUUAUUUCCAGAAUAUGAUCCUGAAACACUCCAGCGAAAGUCAACACACGUGGAUGUCCUGCUGGGCUGUGAUUACUUCG